UAAAACAGGUGGGAGCAGAUCAGGGCAGAGUACCAGGCCCAGAGAGGAUUAGGAUGACCAGGGGACAAGCGGCACUGUGACCUUUAAUCACAUUCAGUCGUUUUUUUUCCUGUUACCUGUGUGUCACCGACUUGCAGCCCGGCCCACAUGCCUCUGAACGCCGGAGCAGAGACCGAUUACGGCAGUCUACCGGGCGCCGGACUGCCGGCCGGCGAGGGCGCCUCGGAGACUGCGCCUCUGCUCGCCCCGGUGCCGAUCCAUCAGUGGCAGCCAAUGAACAGGGAACAGCUGGAGACCACCGCGGGAGGUUCCGGAUGGAGGGCGGCACGCUGUUACCUGGUGGUGCUGUUCUGGCUCGCUUGGAUGUCCAUGCUCGCCGUCGCUGCCGUCAUCGUCGUCAUAAGCCCAAAGCCGGUUCCGAUGUCGCUGAAAUGGUGGCAGAAGUGUCUGUUUUACCAGAUCCAGCCUGAGCUGAGCCCGGACGUGCAGGCCGAGGGGUCAGAGGGUAUCAACGUGGUGUGUGAGCACCUCCCGUACCUCAAGUCUGUGGGAGUAGGAGCUCUAAUCCUGCAGGGUGUGUUUCAUAAAAAGGCAUCUACAGCAAAUCUCACUGAGCUCACUGAAAGCUUGGAAACGAAGACUCAGAUUCAACAUCUGCUCACAGAAGGCAACAAAGCAGAUCUGAGAGUGGUGUUGGACAUAUGUGAAGUGAAUAUGCUGGGCAAUGAGAUAAUCGGAAACUCCAACACACCAUCAAACCAUUCAGCUACUGAUUUAUUGAGGUUUUGGUUGGAGCAGGGUGUGGCCGGAUUUGUCAUCUGUGACACUGAUCCAGCAUUUUCAGUGGAGAUUCUGCUGGGGUGGAGAGCAGUCUUUGAGGAAUUCAGCACUCAGCAGGAGGAAAGGAUUUUGUUGGUUAAACAGACGUCAGAUGUUCUGCGUCCAUUGACUGUCUGGACUCGAAGCAACAUUACGCUGGUAAAUGUGGUCAUGAGGUCCAUCUUACCAAAGUCGCAGCAGCCUCUGUCUUCUGAGGAAGUUGCUAAAGCUAUCGCGACUCAGCUGCAAACGGGACAGGAAGACAUGUGGACCAGCUGGACUUUUGGAGGCGAAGCAUCUGAUGAGCUGAAGAGGUUACUCAUGGUGCUGAUGAUGACUCUGCCAGGAUCACCUGCUUUCAAGUAUAAGGAAGAGAUCGACCGAACAUGGGAUGAGAAGACACCGAACUCUGAAGUUGCCCUCUUCUCAACCCUCAUCCACUCCAAAUCCAGAGAAGAAGCCCUCCUCUAUGGCCGCUUAACAUUCCUUCCCUUUAACACUACCAACAGCUUUUCCUUAAGCCCGUUUUCCAACUCCUCUGUUUCCUCUCCUCCCGUCCUGGCCUUCCUUCGCUCCUGGGGUUGCGUGCAGUUCCUAGUUCUGCUCAACGUCUGGCCUGAGCCCCUCUCCCUGGAUCCGGCCUGGACUCCCAGCCUGCCUGAAAAUUGGGUGUUUGUGGCUAGCACGGGCAUGAACCGCGUGGGGUUGACAUCCCUGUACUCCAUCAAGCUGCAGCCUUACGAAGCCCUUGUGAUCAAGCUCUUUAAGCCAGGAGACUAAUAAUAGUAGAGCUUCGGCUGAGUUGAGAUUUGAAUGUCAGGAUAUGUUAAAGACAAAUAGAUGGUUUUUAAACUUCUGGUACAUGUGCUGUGAAUACCUGCUUCAUUUGAGCAUUCUCAAAUCAUUCUGUUUGCCUCCUUAAAGUUAAUCUGUUGAAAAACAAUUUAUUCACAGAAAAUGUUUUGGUAGGUUAAAAAGGGAAGUGCAUUUUCUGAUUGUUGCUGUAUAAGUACAAGAGUGCCCUGCAUUUCUAUGGACAAUCAGGAAAAAACCCUGUGUAUAUGAAAAGUCAAUGGCCUUUGCUGAAGAUCUCAACAUUGUCAAACAUGGUGCUUCUUUAGCUGUUCCCAGACUAGUGCUAUCAACUGUGAAAAGAUCAUGUUGAGUCAAGAAAAAAAACAUGUGGAGGCAAUGGAAACAAUGUUAACAUAAACUCCAAUGUCACAUGAAACAUUGUGGAAUAUUUUUUCUUGGCAGUAGUUUAGAAGUUGGUCCCUCAGCUAGUUUUGAAACAAACCACAACCAUCUCUUUGUUGCUUGAGAAUCUAAUGUUACUACUUCACACCCUUCAUGUGGUGUUUGGGUCACCAAUUAAAUUCUUGCAACUGAUGGUUUGUGGUGAUUUGUUGGCUGUUCUUCUGCCAGUUUCUAUUGCCUCUAGAAGGCAAAAUUCAGUAACUUGGAAAAAGUAUCCACAGCCUUUGAACUCUGACUCUGAGAUUGGGACAACAAACUUGGUUGAAUUAUAUUGUGAAGUGAAAGAAACUUUUAGAGUAUUUUUAAUAAAAACUGUUUUGCUUUUAUAUUCAGCUUUCCCAUCUCUGCUAAAGGAAAGUACCUCCACAUUAUGAUGCUGCCACCUCUGUGUCCCCCCCUGGGAAUGAUGUGCACAGUAUUGGUGUUCCUCCACAGAGAAAGGGAUCUGACCAGUGCACCUUUUAAACAUGUCCCUCCAUGCCUUGUUAAACAGGACUCCCAAAUGCUUUUUUUUCUUGCCGCUCUUCAAUUAAGGGCAGAUUUGUGAAGUGCUCGACCAGUCUUCAUCCUGCUCCCCCCUGAGCUGUGAAUCUCUGCAGCCAAUCCAGAGUUACCAUUUGCCUCUUGGCUGCUUUUCUGUUUUAAUCUGCUUCACUAAUGUUCUCUGACAAAUAUCUGAGGCCUUUAGUAACCAGAAAUUCCCUGUGUGUAGUACGAUUUCAUUAUAAAUACAGCUGUUUAACAAUCAGGUGACCUGAAGGAAAAUAUUUGCACUGGGUGUAAUUUAAGUGUCAGAUUAAAAAUGUCUGAAUAAAAAUGCCUGACACUUUCA